CUGUAUUAUAGAUGCACAUCCAAGCAGCCGGGCGGCGGGGGUCAGUGGACGAGUGCAGUAAUGUGACCGGUCGGGCCAGUUUAACUAUUAACCAUCGAGGCGUACUUGGACCAGGACGGUACUUAAAGGCGUGCACACACCGGCGUCCGCGUCUCAAGCCCGGGCGCACGUAACCGGGGAGGAGGAUACAUGCAGCCGGCUUGGACCGAGCCUCGUUUGCUGUAUCACGGCCACAAAAAGCCGACUGUCCACUCCGGUUGGAGAGGUCCCUUUCUGUGGCUGGUAAUUCUAGCCUUGUGCGGCAGACCUUUAAAUAUCUUCACUGAAGAGGCCUUUCCAGCAGCCACGUGGUGUAAGCCCACAGGGAGCAGCUUGCAUUGAAUGGAGAACAUACUGGUCCUGCUCCCAAAACAUCGACAAGAUCACGGAGUCUACAGACAAACGGCUGCAUGUGCCUUGCUGCAAUCCCUUUGCCCCAGAGCAAUUUCUCUCUGGGCUUUAAUGCUGACCAUCACUCCCUGUAGACAUUUUUAAUGGGAUAAAUUAUUGAGGCUGAUCAGGUUCAAAACCAGGUCAGGUGAUCCAGUCACUUCCUCAUCACAGUUGGUCAGAUUUAGUCUAUUCUACUUUUUUUUUGUCAAGACCAUCGUCUUUCAAAGGCUUCCGCAUGGUACUUUGGUCGAAAGAACAAGACAAACUGCCCGACAUCAACAUGUCCUCCGGGGCCGUUGAGGUGAAGAAGGAGGGGGGGCCCCUUGCUCCGGCCUUCAUCAACUCCAACUCCUCCGUCCACCCGGUGAUCCUCACACAGGGACUCGAGGAAGGGAGCCCAGGAACCGGGGGCGAGUUUGAGCUCAAAGAGGUUACGUCUUUCACAGAAAUGACCAACGAUAUGCCUGGGAAUGAAGAGAGGUUGGAGAUAGUCGCAGUGAUGGACUGUCGGGCCAACGCCAAAGGUCAGCGGGAGGAGGAUGCUCUGUUGGAGAAUGCGAGCCAGAGCAAUGAGAGCGACGACAUCAGUAAUGAUCAAAACCCUGAACAGCCAGCACCCCUCAAAGAGACCUCCUUCUCCAUUGGUCUGCAGGUGGUUUUUCCCUUCCUUUUGGCCGGGUUUGGAACAGCGGCGGCAGGAAUGGUGCUAGACAUUGUCCAGCACUGGACCGUGUUCACGGAGAUAUCCCAGGUGUUCAUCCUCGUCCCGGCACUGCUCGGGCUGAAGGGCAACCUGGAGAUGACGCUUGCCUCCAGACUGUCCACAGCGGCUAAUAUUGGUCAAAUGGACACAAGCAAGGACAUGUGGAACAUGAUCAUGGGGAACUUAGCUCUCAUCCAGGUCCAGGCUACCGUGGUGGGGUUUUUGGCCUCCAUCGCCGCAGUGAUCUUCGGUUGGAUUCCAGAGGGUCAAUUCCGGCUAAACCACGCCGUGCUGCUUUGUGCCUCCAGUGUAGCUACUGCCUUCAUUGCUUCUCUGCUACUAGGUCUCAUCAUGAUUGGUGUGAUCAUCGCGUCCAGGAAAGUUGGCAUCAACCCAGACAACGUGGCCACACCUAUUGCUGCUAGCCUGGGAGACCUGAUCACCCUGUCCCUGCUGGCUGGCAUCUCUACAGGACUGUACAGGGAACUAGAUUACAACGACUACGCCAAUCCACUCGUGUGCGCGGUCUUUGUGGCAUUGUGUCCACUCUGGGUGCUGAUUGCCAGAAAGAUCCCCUCCACCAGAGAAGUGCUGUACUCUGGAUGGGAGCCGGUCAUCAUCGCCAUGGCCAUCAGCAGUGUCGGUGGUCUGAUUCUUGACAAGACCGUCACUGAUCCCAACUUCGCUGGUAUGGCGGUAUUCUCCCCAGUCAUCAACGGUGUGGGAGGUAACCUGGUCGCAGUUCAGGCCAGUCGAAUUUCCACCUACCUGCACAUGAAUGGUAUAGGUAUGGGGGAUCCAAACCCUAUGCCCAGGAACAAGUGCCCAACACCUUGCACCACCUUCUUCACCUCAACUGUGAACUCCCGUUCAGCACGAGUGCUGUUCCUCCUGGUCGCCCCGGGUCACCUCGUCUUCCUCUACACCAUCAACUCACUAAAGGGGGGACAUACCACACUCACGCCCAUCUUCGUCUCCUUCUACCUGGCUGCUGCAAUGCUGCAGGUGAUCAUCCUCCUCUACCUAGCGGACUGGAUGGUCCACUGGAUGUGGGGCCGAGGGAUGGACCCGGACAACUUCUCCAUUCCCUACCUGACUGCACUUGGUGACCUGCUGGGAACGGGCUUCCUGGCCCUCUGCUUUCAUAUGCACUUCUUCAUUGGCGACAGAGACUCCAACUCGGGCAACUGACUGCAAAGACGGCCCUUCUCACACGGACAAGACGCCUCCUAUGAAAGGGCUAAUCCCUGGUAGGGCUCUGAUCCAAGACGUAGUGCUCUAACAGGUCAGUAGUUUACAUCUCCAUCACAAGUGAUGUUUCAAACUGGGAAAUAUCGUUCAUUCAGCCCCACAGACUUCAUUUUUAUUCUUCUUGAUAACGGAGUCCUCUGCCUCUGUUGUUAUUUUACUAUUGUAAAUGAUUAUUAUUGUUGGUGAAUAAUACAUUUGAUGUAAAUCGAUUCUAUUUUGAGAGGCUAUUCCUCAUUAUUUUCAAUGGGGACACUAGCCCGUAUAUCCAUUUUUAAUAGUGCAACAAAUCCAAGAAAACAAGAUUGCAAAAAAAAUAAAUAAAAAUAAACAUGCACAAGCCAAGAUUGCUUAAAUCACCAAGUGCUUUGUCUUGAAAUUCUAUGAAAUCAAUGAAGUGUUUUAUCUGUGCUUUAGUAGACUUUCUGUUUUACCUCGGCCAUGUUGCUCUACCACAAGGCUGCACCGGAAAAGUAACAGGCGGAACCUUCUUUUUAAUGCAACAACACACCGUGAUUCUGAAUCUGCUUGGGAUUAGAUCAUUGUUUGGGCCCGGGUCAAACAUUUCUGGGGAUGAACUUUGUGUUUCCGUUGUCACGACAAGUCCUUAGCCAAGUCACAUAAUUCCCUAAAAUUAUGAAACUAAAGCCUGAUCCUGAUUUAUCAAUAAUUAAAAAAUGGCAAUGAUUAGGAUGCCUAACUAGUUGUGCAAGUCGGGCCUUUAAAGUAGCAGUAGAGUGAAAAAACAAGUUGACUUUAUAUGUUUAAUUUGUGUUUCUUUGUAUCCAUUAAACCGUAUCCAAUUGUAUACAAAGUAUGUAAAAAAUACAGUCCAAACAUCACAAAAUGCCACAAAUUCAGUCGGCCAUUUCCGUAGAUUCUACACCACUCUUGUAACGCUUCUGCACCCUGACCAUGUUAAAUAUAAAAAUAUGCAAAAGUUGGAAAGAGAUGUGCUGUUUAUCAUUCACAAUCCUCAUGUAGGACAAGAGCACUUAUGUUUGGCUUUUUUAUGCAGUGGAAAUCGUAAACAAAUAGCUAACGAUUGAGUCAACGGACUGAGGGUCCUCUAUUGCACACAUUAUACCCUCUAAAAACAUCUAUAAACCUCCAAAAAUUAACCAAAUAUGAGUUAUAUUGUUAUUAUAAGAGCAAAUGCAGAUGGCCUAUUUUAGCGGCGCAUUGAUAGCAGUGAGCUAAUGCUCGCUUACGCUGUUGU